AUGGCCAGUCUUGAGCUUGAGCUCGGCAUGGACGUCACGGUUAAAAACAAGCUUAUCUCCGGAUUCUCCCGCUGCCUUAAGUCUCAUCUCUUCAUAUCGGCGCUUAAUGGAAUCAACACCAGCGUCUAUCGUGCCGAACACAUCAAUACACACGUGCGACAUGCCCUGCACCCUCUCACCCUCUCAUCCAAUAUCAACAGUCCCCAUAUCCCUACCCUCCAUCUUGUCCCAUCGCUCAUUCUGCCCACCACUCAAUCUUCAAUGCUCCAACGUGUUGCUCGUCAUUUGCGUCGUCGCGGCAUUGUACCCGGUAGCUCGCAUGACCAACAUAUCAGACUCGAAGUCAUCAGUGGAAAAGACCUUCAAGUCCUUUCCGAGCGCAUACCCGCAGGAAUCUACGUGUCCAUCACACUCGCGAAGAGGAGACGCUGGAAAUCAGCUAUUCAAGUCCCAUCAUCCAAUAGUUCUGUAGCGUGGGGUGAUACCGUGACCCUAUCACCAUAUGCAUCAUCUAAAUUAUCGGUCGAGAUCAGAGCAUCCUUUGAGCUAGGUCGAAUGCUAGGCAAUGGCGAAGUCAUCGGGAAACUUAAAAUAUCGUGGGAUAAGUUGCUCCGUCACGGAAAUGAGCCUUUCGAACUGUCCUUCCCACUUGUUCGCGGUGUCCACCCAUCUGUCACGUUGAAGGCUGCUGCUGUGAAUGGUUGCGGAAACAACAACGGUGAACUGUUGAACCCCAUCGUCGACUGCAAGAUCGCUCAAGACACGGAUACGGGUCAAACAAGAUCUGGUGAAUACGUGACAAGCAAGAGGGUCUCUGACUUGAACGAUGCUGUGGCACAUUUUGACUGCACUGACCAACCUCGCGUGCGCACGCCUGAAAGGGGCCACCCUGAUCGUCCGCUAUCCCUCUAUUACCUCACUGAAGCGCUGACCUGGCGCCACAAGAAGGAAAAUACACCUUUCGACAUCCGCGAAUCUGCUCAGAUCUACCAUGAGCUACUGUCACUCUGCCCAGAGGGCACCUAUCUUCGGAGCAUCGCGGAAGGGGCUAAUGGCGUGGAUUAUGUGAUUAGCGGAUGCAACAAUCUUCCGAUAGACGCAUCCGAUGAAGACAUCCGCCUUCGACGAAUCGUCCUCGAGGUCUGUCCCCAGGGCCAUCAACACCGUCUAGGCGCCCUUGACCAGCUUUCGCGGUCACUCCAGACACAUUUUGGGCAAUGUGGGAGCAUUGUUGAUAUAGACGAGAGCAUACAACUUGGUCGCGAAGCUGUUUCUCUGUGUCCCGAGGGACAUCCUAAUCGUGGUGUCUGCUUAAAUAACUUGGCUCUCUCACUCCGCUACUACCGCUUCCGUCACCAGGGCAAAUCUGAUGACCUCAACGAGGGCAUCUCUCUGCUUGAGGACGCACUGUGCCUGAGCCCUGUUGGGCACGAAUCUCGUGAUGGAUUAUUGGACAACCUAGGGAGCGCCCUCCUCGACCGUUUCAACCAACGCGGUGAGGUAGAAGACAUCAACAGAGCUAUCAGCCUCCUUCGCGAGGCAUUGACAUUGCGCCCACCUGAGCAUCAACAACGUAACAUCACACUUUCCAACCUUGCCCUCGCACUGAUAACCAGAUAUGGCAAAUCACAUGCCAACGAGGAUCUUAACGAGGCCAUCGAGUUGUGCCGUGAAUCAAUUCGGUUAACGCCGUAUGGCCAUCCAGAGUGCCAUGGAGUUCUUUUCAAUUUGAGCUGGGCACUCUGCUCUCGUUUCACGAGAACUCAGAAGAUUGAAGAUGUUGAGGAGGCCAUUGAGCUCUGCCAAGAAUCACUGGUAACUUUGCCAUCGCUGCAUCCAGAUAGAUUCUACAGCUACAUGCGGCUGCAGGAGGCCUAUCUGUCUCGUUACCAGGUGCAAUGCAAUUUGGCUGAUUUGUCACUCGCAGUUGAAAACUUCAGAUUGGCGUCAAUGCACCCCACUAAAGGAUUCCUAGAACGCAUCAUUAUAGCAUACAAUUGGACUGUGGUAGCAGAACAGCAUGGCCAUGAAUCUGCACUGGAGGCCUACACAAUAUUUCUCGACCUUCUUGAUGAUCAUUUGUCAACACGCUCAUCAACUAUUUCACGGCAGGAAGCUACUACUACCUUCCAUUAUGCCAGAACACUCCCUGUAGAUGCAUCAUCAUGUGCCUUACGCCGUCAUAACCUAGAAAAGGCUGUCGAACUCGUGGAGCAGGGCCGUGGCCAGCAGUGGUCACUGGCGUCUCGGCUCAGGACUCCAGUCGAAGAACUCGAAUCAGCAAACCAAAAACUGGCUCACGAGUUUUCGGAGCUGAGCAAGCGUGUUUCCGAUGCUGCUCAGGGUUCUGCAGCAAUCACCGACAGAGCUGCUGCUGAUCAGGCAGCAAUGAAGUACAGGAGGUGUACAGAGCAGUGGGAAGCUGCAGUGGGCAAAAUCCGCAACAUUCGAGGUUUCUCGCGGUUCCUCCUCCCGCUGUCAUACGAAGACUUGCAGGUGGCAGCGCGCGACGGCCCAGUCAUAAUUCUCAUUGCCAGCAAAUAUUCGUGCAAUGCGCUCAUUGUCCCGACGUCAGGGGUGCCCCAUCAUGUUCCUUUCCCGUCUCUCACUCUCGCUGAUCUUGCGAAGCUCAAAGACGACUUCACGAUGGCGAUACGGCAUGCAUCGCUGAUGGGCCCAACAGAGUCGCGGACGGAGUUGAUAGUACUCUUGCGGAAGUUAUGGGACGAGAUCAUGCUACCCAUCGUCAAGGUACUGGGGCAUGAUCUCAAAGUCAAGCCCCGCUCUCGAAUCUGGCUGUGUCCAACUGCAGCAUUUACCUCCAUUCCUCUUCACGCAGCUCAUCCCUCUCGAACGAAAGCAGAUGGAAGUGGGCGGGAAUUAUCCCUCGAGGAUAUCUUCAUUUGCUCCUACACGCCCACACUUUCGGCUCUCAUCAGAUCUCGACAGGCGAUGAAGACGCAUCAGACGAGUCCAUCCUUUGUGGCGAUUGGGCAAAGUCAACCAGGCGCAGGGCAAGGUAUGGCACUCGCCACUGUCGACAGCGAGCUUGAGCUCGUCCAUAAACGCGUUCCCCCCAACGUCAAUUUCAGUACUCUUUCAGGUGACGAAGCUACACAGGCCGGUGCACUCGAUGCCUUGCGACGCAACACCUGGGUGCAUCUUGCUUGUCACGGCAAGCAGGACCGUGAACAGCCUUACAACUCGCGCUUCGCCAUGAGAGAUAAGCCUCUCACCCUCCUUGACAUCAUGGAGAACGACACUCCGCAAGCCGAAUUCGCAUUCUUGUCAGCGUGUCAUACCGCCGUCGGCGAUGAAGAGACGCCCGACGAGGUCAUCCACCUCGCAGCUGGCCUACAGUUUUCAGGGUUCAAGAGUGUGAUUGGCACGCUGUGGGUGGUCGAUGACGAAGUCACCAAGCACGUUGUUGAAGCAUUCUACGAGAAUAUGUUCAAGGACUUGAAGGAUGGUGUCCUGGACUGUACGAAGGCAGCCAAAGCACUCAAUUAUGCUACGCAUGGGGUGAAGAAGUUGGUGCCACUCGAGCAGAGGAUUGUUUUCAUUCACAUUGGUGUGUAGUUCUAUGUCCCAUUGCUUUUGUCUCGUACAGAUUUACAUGUUGUUGAUUUUCGAUUCCCUUCUAUCUCGGUGCAUUUGUUAACGUUGUAGGAAUUAUCUCUUGUAUAGUAGUUGUCUGCUGUUCGGCAAAUUGAUCAGAUUUGUUCUCGAAGACAAUGCUUGGCAUGUACAGUAAUAUU